CGACACAGUUCUUCCUCUCUCAUUUGCGGUACAUCCAUCCAUCCAUCUUAGACAAUCAAGAUGUUGAUUCCGAAGAACAACCGCAAGAAGAUCUACCAGUACCUCUUCCAGGAGGGAGUUAUGGUGGCGAAGAAGGACUUCAACGCUCCUAAGCACCAGGACGUCGAUGUCCCGAACCUUCAGGUCAUCAAGGCCCUACAAAGCAUGGCCUCCCGUGGUUAUGUAGCCACCCGGUUCUCGUGGCAGUACUACUACUACUACUUGACCAACGAAGGUAUUGAGUACCUCCGUGAGUACUUGCACCUUCCCCCUGAGAUCGUGCCCCGUACCUUCAUCAAGACCACCAAGAGCGGUCCCCGCCCCGGUCGUCCUGAGGGUGACCGUCCUCCUCGCGGAGAUGGUGAGCGCUUCAGGCCCCGUGGUGACGGUGAACGCGAAUACCGUCGCCGCGACGACCGUCCUGGUGAAAAGAAGGAAGGAGCUGCUGGUGAUUGGAGGCCGGAAUUCCGUGGUGGUGUUGGUCGUGGCGGCCCCCGUCCCGCUCAGUAAGCCGCCCAAGCCUUGCAAGGAGAGGGCACUGUAGAUAUGGAGCCAACUUGUUUGGGAACCAUUUACCUGUAUCAAUAUAGAUGCACCGCAUCCUCACUUUAUGCUUUGAUGACUUGAAAUGUGCGACCCAACGCUUUAAGUCUAAUGCAAAUCCUGCCAUUGAUUUGCUGAUGUGCACAGAAUUGGUCCCACGAUUUCCAAAGUUUCUCUCCCGGAAAACAUUCAGCAGAUGAUGUGUGCAUAGUUUGCCUAAUGGAAACAGCC